UUAAUCGUCUCAACCACACAACCUAUGAAGUCAAGACAGCCAAUCAUGGAUGUAUAAAGUAAAGCGAACGACUUACAUCGAGCUUGUCUAUCCGAUGUAAUUCGUUAAAUAUAGCUAACGUUAAUAAUAGUUAAUGUACUAAUGCAAAAGAUGUGGAAGAAAGGCUCCACUGAGGGCUCCGACCGGUUUGAAUAUUUACAAACUCUGGUCACUGAGUUUCAGGACACCGACAGUGAAGAGGCAAAGGAGCAAGUGCUGGCUAACUUGGCCAACUUUGCGUACGACCCAAAGAACAUGGAGUAUCUGAGGGACCUGCAGGUAGCCGACCUCUUCUUGGACAUGCUCACUGAGGAGAAUGCCAACCUUGUGGAGUUUGGGAUGGGCGGGCUGUGUAACCUGAGUAUGGACCCUGAAUGCCGACACCUUAUCCUGCAGAGCAGCGGGAUCAGCUUGGUCACAAAUUGUCUGUCGAGCCAGAGGGAGGAGACCGUCCUGUCAGCCAUCACUACACUAAUGAACCUCACAACGCCCUCGUCGCGCUCUGAGAUCACUGAUCCGGCCAUCCUGCAGUGCAUGCUGCGCUUCUCCCUCUCAGAGAGCCCCCGCCUGCGCAACCUGGCCGCUGUUUUUCUGCAGGACUGCUGCAGCAAGGAGCAGGUGGCCCGAGCGGAGCAGCAGAUGCAGGGACAGCAGACUGCAGUGGGUAUCCCGCUGCCCAAGGACUAAGUUACAGCUUCAUUUGGCAGGUAGUUUUGUAUUUUAGGGGAUAAUAUUGCUCUCUAUGAGAGUACAAGAAAUAUUUGACACUAUAGGGCCAAAUAAAGAUGGGCACCCAAACAUCA